UUGCGAUCUUGGCAUUUCACUCUCCGACUUGCCGUGAACUUCCCAAGCAUCUGCAGCCCCUCCACACACCACCAACAACGAUGCUAACAGAAGUAGUCCAGGUCAAGCAAUUCAACGACUACGGCUUCGAGUGCUGGGGCCUCUUUGCAAAGGAAGACCUUCCCAAGGGAACGUUGGUGUGGUAUGCGGAAGGCCAUGACGUGUUGGAGACGUUCACAAAGGCCGAAAUCCUUGCGCACCCCGAGCAAGAAACUCUCAUCACGUACUCUUACAUGCGCGGCGACGACAAGUUUUGCUCGACGUUGAACCCGUCGUCGGACCCGAGCUGGUACUUCAACCACUCGUGCAUGCCUACAUGUUGGUACGAAGGAGACGAACGCAUUACGACAUGUCGUGACGUGAAGAAGGGUGAACAACUCGCGUACGACUAUUCCUGCACCGAAACGGAGUCGUCCAUGCACUAUGGUCUUCGUUGCCUUUGCGGCACAGCGGCAUGCCGCGGCGUCCUCACGUUUUCGGAAUGGCGCAGCCGCGCGUACGUGCGCAAGAACAAGGGUCACUUGAACGACUACGUGUGGGAAAAACAUGCCGAGAACAGUUGGUACGAUUCCCGCACGGAAGUCCGCGCCAAGGGCGGUGACUCUCGCGGCUUGUUUGCGCGCAUCCAGAAGGACGCCGUGAUCAAAGCGGGUGAAAUCGUGGUCGUCUUCUCAGGCAAAAUUGUGCACCGUAACGAAGUGUCGGAACCGGGCGCGAUCUCCAAGCGCGACUUGGAAAUGUCGUUGCAAGUGGCGCCAGAUCUGUGGCAAAUUCCUUCCUGGAAGGAAAGCGGAGAAAAGUACGACACAAGCGACUUUAUCAAUCACUCGUGCGAUCCGUCCUGCGGCAUGUGGGACUCGGUGACGGUCGUGGCCAUCCGAGACAUCCACCCCGGCGACGAAAUCACGAUCGACUACGCCAUGGUGAAUGACGGGUCCAUCAACACCAUGACCACGGGCGACAGCGACGCGUUCGAGUGUCAAUGCCACAGCGCCAACUGCCGCGGCAACGUCACGCCGUCCGACUGGAAGUUGCCCGAAGUCCAGGCGCGCAUCGGACAGUACUUUGCCCCAUUCGUGAAGGACCUCGUCCGCCGCCGCGCUCACGUUUCCCCAUGAGCGCAUCGCACUCGGCUGGAGUGAUGCUGUACGCGUACGUACAUAUGGGAGGAAGACCCCAUACAAGGGGGAAUGAAGGUCACAUACACAGUAAUGAAAAAUAUCAAGAAACGAGCAGUGGCAA